CAAACCAAAGAAAUGUUCAAAAGACUUCUUCAAGUCUCUUCUAUUUAUAAAGAAAAUACACCAUCCUCAACCAUUGUUGAUCACUCUGCUCUUACUACUCAAAGCUAUCAUAGAGGAAGAGGUCGUGGAAGUAACCGAGGGGGCCGAGGUGGAGGACGUAAUUCCUCUCGUUUUUGUGACUUUUGCAACAAACCAGGGCACACCCGUGAGGUUUGUUGGAAACUCCAUGGGAAACCAACUAUGGUUAAUAUAGCUCAAUCUGGGAAUCCAAAUACUGCGGACUCAAGCACACAAGUUAUCUCAAAAGCUGAGUAUGCAGAAUUCUUGCAAUUAAAGGGUGCCAAAACAACCAUUUCUCCCGAUAUCUCUCACACUGCCCUUGCUUCACAAUCAAACUCAGUUUGGGUCCUCGACUCUGGAGCCACCGAUCACAUAUCUGGACCGACAGACAAGGGAGACGAUUGGUACGGGACAUGAAUCACGAGGGCUCUACUAUCUUCUAGGUUCUACCGAUAACAACACAGCUUGCACCGCUACUGUUUCACCUUUUCUUAGCCAUUGUCGCCUUGGGCAUCCUAACAUCAAUAAAUUAAGACAACUUGUUCCUGGUUUGUC